AAGCGACAUGCAAAAGGACACAUUAUCUCAAGAGUUUAGCAAGCUCUCCACAAAGGAGGAUUCAAAAUCAGACGAACGCAGUGAUGAAGUAGACAAAAAGAAGAUCAAGCCAAAAACUGGAUCGACGGAUAAAACUGUCAUUCUAGAAAGGCUGAGACGCUUAACCAAGGACCCAGAGCAGAACGUACUAUUUGUCAUAGAAGAAGGUUGUAGGGAGACAUUCGCUCGAAAUGAUUUCAAUAUGGCUUUACAAUCCAUCAAGCAAGCGUUUUACAUACGAGAUUAUGUGAGUAUAUUCACAACCCCGAGCAACUUGCCUGUCUACACAGCUGCCUAUAUACCUGGACGAGCGCUUUGCUAUUAUGAGAUAUUCCGAUCACAUACACAACUAUUGCGCUUGCUUGCUAAAAGCUCUAGGAUUUAUCUACCCGGUUCUGGAAGUGGAUCCGAACUGAUUGGCAUGUCGGCAGCUAUGUUACACGUGCCACCUGCCAGGCAGCAUGUACAGCUAUACAUGCAAGAUAUAGGAGAUUGGAGUGAAGUGCUUGAUCGUUUGGAAGAAUCCGUUCGUCGUCAGUGGAAAUUAGACUCGAAACAACUGCAUUGCUCAUAUGAGCAAGGUGAUGUGCUGGAACCCUCUCCGCGCAGAGAUCAAUUGAUCCAGGAGGCAGAUUUGAUUACUUUUAUGUUUGUUAUGAACGAGCUGUUUGUGAACAAGGCAAAAUCGAUGGCCCUGAUUCAGUCUUUGGUUAGCAAUAUGAAGAAAGGCGCCUAUCUUUUGGUGGUAGAUUCAGCUGGCUCAUUCUCACACCUCAAAAUCGGUGACCAAACUUAUAUGAUUUAUACACUCUUGGAUGCUAUCAAGUCUCUCGAGAAAGUCAUAAGUGAAGACUCGAAAUGGUACCGGUAUCCAGGACACCUUCAAUACCCAUUAGACAUACAGAAUAUGCGUUACUUCCUUCGCCUGUACAGAAAAUUGUGAAGUCGCUUAGCAUCCCUAGAAGAUCUUUUUGUAAUUUUCAAAUAUUGAUUAUAUAAAAAAUAUAGAAUAAUAUAAUCUCGAUUCACGACGUUGAACGC